GUACUUCUGGUACAUAUUUCGUAGUUUGCAAAGUUCGAGUUUGCAAUUUCGCAGUUUGCGUUGCGAUCAAAAUAUUGUUUGUAAAGCACUAAAUUCGUAUUCAGUUAUAUUAUAUAUACUGUUAAAAUACUUUAUGCAGGUGUUAAAUACUAAACGUUGUGUAGUUUCACCACAGCACAAAUUCCAAAUAAUGGAAUUUUUAUAGAGAGCUAGUUGGUUCCCAUCCAUGGAUAUGUGCAUAAAAUAUCAGUCUGAAAACAUGUGGAAGUAUGUUACGCGUCGGAUCAGGGAUACGUGUGAGCGGAGUGCUAAUACCUUCGAUAGAUGCAGCACUACCGUGGCCAAUGGAGCUGCCAUUACCGAUGAGAAGAAUGACAGUCUUCCUUGCAAGUGGCUUGCGCUCCGUGGAGGAUCUAAGCCAUAUCAGAGUGAUAGCGGCGCAAAUACAAAAUGGAGCUUCGAAUUCGACCAAGACAAAAAUUGGAAGGGUGCCAUACCAUGGGCAAAUGAUAAAAAUGUAAAUCAUGAUAAAACUACUGGUUCAUCCCGCUGGUUUCCAUUUUAUGCCAAUUCUGAAGGAAAUCAGUGCAAGUGGAGUUUGGAGCAGCCAGCUACUGCACAUAAGAGUGUUGUACCAUGGGAGAAAGUGACAAAUGAAAAUCACUUCAAUGAUGAGCCUAAGGCCGGGCCACCUUGCAAGUGGUUCUUUGCCAAGCACGGCAGGAAGGCUAAUGAUUUGAAAUGGGAUUUCGAUCAAGAUAAAACUCUGGUGGCUGAGGUACCUGUGGAAAAUGUGUCUAAAGAGGAGAAUCAUGCCGGUCCACCUUGCAAGUGGACGUCAUUCCGUAGACGCUUUGGACCUGGCAGCAACAAAUGGAACUUUGAACAUCUCAAUAGCACCCAGACAGAUGUUUCACCAUGGAAAACAGCUGACAACACACAAAAGAAUGAUGACCAGAAAGCCGGACCGCCUUGCAAGUGGCUCUCAUUUCGUAAAUGUCGCAAGUCCUACCAGAAUGGAAGUGGAGCAAAUAGCAGGAAGUGGAACUUUGAGCCUAUCAACAAAACUUGGAUGGAUGCCAUCACAUGGAGUGGAGCAGCAGUUUUGGGAUGGUAUACUAGUCAAAUGAUACAUAUUAAGCUGAAAAAUCAUUGCCGUAGUCUUGAGAAAAGCUGUUCAUCUAGCUCUUCUGUGAACAGUCUACUCUGCUCUGUCCUACCAUGCGUAGGCCACAUGAACAAAAAUGACUAUUAUAUCAGUUCAGUGGAGAAAAUCGAGAAAUUGGUCUCUGAUUUUACUCCGACUGUGCAUUUGAUGGGCAAUGAGGAAGUCGCACACACACGAAAACACGAGAAUCUUAAAACUCCAGAGAGUAUUCCUACGACUAUAUCUGGCAGUAGCAAUAGUACGGACACUACAGAUGAUGACUUGGGCAAGGUGCUGAACUCCAUUGAAAACAGACUUGGACUUGCUGCUAUUGAAAACGGACAGUACCAAGAUGGACUUGGUUUACUAAGGUCUGCAGCACAUCGUAAUCAUGCUCCAGCUAUUUACAACUUAGGGCUGUGUUAUGAAAAAGGGUUAGGAGUAACUGCUGAUGAGAAAACAGCAAUGGAGCUGUACCGGUCUGCAGCAGCAAUGGAUCACCCCGAGGCGCUAUACAACCUCGGCAUAUACUACGGGCAAGGACGCGGCGGCCUCAAGCAAGACCAGGACACCGCCGUGCGUCUCCUUCGCCUCGCCGCAGUGCAAGGCCAACAAGCAGCCAUCGACGCACUCAAGUAUCUUGACGUCAGCAUUUCCGAACCACGACACAACGACGUCAACACUUGGACCUACCAACACGCACCGUUCUCAACACACGAACAAAUCGUCCCAACGCAAAGCAGGAUUUUUGUCGACAAUAUCAGUUUCCUGCAAGCGAGGGUGUAAACCAGUAAAUUUAAUUUUAAUUGGCAUUUUUGUAUUGUAUGGUGGUGGUCAAUGCAUCUUAAAUUAGUCGCUAAGCUACUAAUCAAUACACGCAUAGCGUGAUCAACGUGAGAAUGCACCAUGUAAUAUAAUUACAUGAUCUCUUCAAAAUUAUAAUUUAGAUUUUUUAAGAUGGAAAAUUUUUAUUACUUUAUCAAAUAAGUGUUGUUUCUUUUGAGUUCAUAUAACACCUAAUCUUCCAAAUGCUAAUCAAGAAAAUGUAAAGAAAAUAAUGUUUUAGAGUGGAAUCUUAAAAAACUUUUUCCUCUUCUCGCACAAAGUCAGUGAAAAGAUCGAUUAAGUUUCUCAGGCUCAGUGUAAGCAGAGUCUAACUGCCCGGGUUACACUGACUGAAGGUAUGUUACCGAUGAGAUUACCACUGCCACAAUGUAUACCAGGUAUUAACCUCGCCAGAGAUACAUUAGACACUGUUGGCCUUACUACAAAAACUUUAACCACUGUUUAACACUUGUCUAAAAAAAAUGUGGCUCCAAAAUGAACCAUAUGUCAACGUCAUAAUUUGACAUUUUUUUAGACAAGUCUUAAACUGACGUUAAAAAGUUUUUGUGGUAAGACGGUAUAUAUUCAAAAAAAAAUUGUUCCUUGAAAUGUAAGCACAUGAACAAAGGUAUUAACUUAAUAUUUUUUUGUUUUUACCUCAACAAUCAUAUGUUUUGGAUUAUGCGCUUUUUGUGUUGUUGCAAAGAAUAAUAUGGUACACAAACUUAGAAUGGAACUUGCAUGCCCAUUUUUUGUACUAUUUUCUGACAAUAUAAUGAAUUAUCCGCCUAUACUUUCGAUAUACGGAAGAUACUAACGGCCGGUUGCAUUUUUUAGUAUUCAAGUAUAUUUUACGUGUACUUGAACUUGAUUAUUUUCAUUGACAAAGUAAAUAUUAACUUCUUGGGUAAGCGCUCGCAAUUCACGAUUCAUUGUUACCAUAUUUAUGCAAUCGGCUUUUAGUAUGGGCCUUCAAAAAUUGACAUAAAAACAAUAAACAGAGCAAAGACGACACAAAUAAUGUACCAGUAGAAAGUAUUUGUUAAAA